AAGCAUUAGUUUUAAUUACAUAGACUUAUAUAUCUGCUAAACUGGUGACAACGGACGUGAUGGAUGGCGAAAAUGGAAACAGUUCUAAAACGGAGCCAGCAAUGCCAGAACUUUCGCGUGUAGCUGUUAAAGUUCCCCAAUUUUGGAAAGAAAAUCCUGCAAUAUGGUUUUCACAGGUGGAAUCUCAGUUUAUUACUGCGGGAAUUACUCAAGAUAGCACAAAAUAUCAUACGAUCGUUGCUUCAAUCGAGACGGGCAUUUUAUCGCAGGUCAGUGACAUUAUCACUUCACCUCCAGUUACAAACAUGUAUGAUUCUUUAAAGCAAAGAUUAAUUGAAAUGUUCAGUAUUUUUGAAGAACAUUUGGCUGGUGAUCGUGUUGGCGACGCAUUGCUAAAAUCAUUAUGGCUUCAAAGACUUCCCACUCAAAUGCAAGCUAUUUUAAGUGCUUUAUCAGAUCCUCUUAAUAAAUUAGCUAUAAUGGCGGAUAAGAUUGCUGAUGUUACUUUUUCAAAUGAAAUAUUAUCUGCUAGUUCAGAAGCGAAACAAAAAGGGCCAAACGAUUGCGAUUAUUCAAAUACUAUCGAAUCGCUUCAAGCUCAAGUGUGUGAAUUAAAUAAAAAUACUUGAUAAAGUGUUGCGUUUCCGAGGUCG